AUGGACUUUAUAAUCCAGCUUGCCAGUGCGAGAUGUUGGUCUCAGAUGCACCACAGCGUGUGCCUCCCCCAUGCCUAUGUCCGCGUUUUCUGCAAGGAGGACAGAGAUCUGGAUCAUAGCCAGCACUUCCUCCGAAGCUUGGCCAUGAAGCUAGGACACGUAGACACAGCCCAGAGGCAGUUCCAGCACGGGGAGGAGAAAAAACUCGUCAACGAGUUGACAGCAAGUUUGGGGACUUUCGAGUGGGUCCUCACUCGCGAGAUCCUGGUUGAAGGCGAACAAGCCUCUUGGGAGCUACGCAGCCCCCAGGUGCGGGCUCAUGCGUGGUCCAUUUUCGCCUCCUCAGUGGAGACAAAGAGCUCGUGUGAAAACCCUUUUGGUUGGCUACGGGACAGUGUCGACAGACAGGGCAGGACGGAUGUUAUCGCCGAUCCCACCAAGAUGAUGUACUUGACCUGCUGCCCAUAUGCUCGCUCUGGUGGGUCACCGACGCUCGUGCCAGACCAGUCAGACACAAGAAAUCAAGAUGCGGAAGAUGUCAAAGAGUUCGAAUCCCUGCGAGUUUUCGCAGGCAAGUUUCACGAAAUGCCGUUUGAGAAUGUCACGAAGCAAAGAAUCAAAGGAUGGAGGCCAGCGGGCUAUUUCGCCCAACGCAGAGCUGCUGCUGCAACUGCAUUUGUGCUGAACUACACCCGCAAUCCAGGCGGCUUGGAUAUGGAGGCCUUGAAAUCAGUCUGGGCCGGU